AUGUGUAUGCCGACGCCAACUAAUGUUUCUGGGUUCGCUUAUUCGUGGGGCUUUACUAGCUCUGCGGAUCUCACAAAGGGCGAAGUCGAAACACCAAGCAGUAUGAGUUAUACUUUAGGGAAUACAGUGUCUCCAGAAACAACACUUACUGUUAUGUCCCAUAAGACACCUCAAGUUCAAGAAAAAGUUGGUACAGUUGUUGCAUCAAAUGCUGGAGCUCAACUCACUAGAGUUCUCACAACAGGAACUCCAGGGUCCGGGCGAAGAACAGCAAUGUUUGUACUGAAUGAACCAACACAAACACUAAAUAGGGUUUCUCAGCAAAACCAGACAGCUACUAUCCACAGCGACUGUGCAACUUUAGCAUCCAAACCAUUUUUAACACCAAUUGGACCUAUACAAUUAACUGCAGAAGAAUGCAAUGAAAUCCUAAUGAAAAGAGCCCUACAAGCUCAAGGUAUAGCAACACCUGUAAUAGACACCUCGCAGCUUAGUCAAACUUUAUUGAAUAAUGGUAUAAAAACACUAUCAGAAGUGACAGCACAGCAGACUCAACAAGAAACUAUACAGACAUCUGUUCAUCAGCAAAUCCAGCUGUUACAUACAAAACAAGAACCUGGAACAAAUAAUUCACCAAAAACCGAGAUAAUGAACAACACAAUGCAGAUGCAAACUCCAACUCAGCCAGUUAAAGAGCGACCAUACUCCUGUGAUGAAUGUGGGAAGUCAUUUCUUCUGAAACAUCAUCUUACUACACAUGCAAGAGUUCAUACAGGUGAACGACCACAUAUUUGUGGGCACUGUGGUAAGGCAUUCGCCAGGAAGCACUGUCUCAACACUCACUUAUUACUGCACUCAGCAGAUCGACCUUACAGGUGCCAUGAAUGUAAAAUGGCCUUCACUCUUAAACAUCAUCUUGUUACUCACUCCAGGGUACAUAGUCGUGACCGUCCAUUCCUAUGUGGUGAGUGUGGACGCCGGUUUCCCUUAAAGCGACAUCUAGUGACGCAUAGCAAGUACCACGCCGGUGAAAGGCCGUACGUCUGCAAUGACUGUGGAGAGAGCUUUGCCCAGAAGGAACACCUGGUAAUGCAUAGUCGUUUCCACGGCUCGUUGUCGCCAUUCGUAUGCGGGGAGUGCGGAGCGGCAUUUGCAAGAAAAUUUCAGCUUGUUAAUCACGGCAGAAUGCAUGGUAAAGUGCCCCAUGCUUGUCCGGUCUGUGGCAAGGAGUUCCUGCAGAAGAGGACACUUGUAGCACAUUUGAAAAUACACACCGGAGAGGAUGCAGUAGCUUGUUUCGAAUGUGGGGAAGCAUUCAAAACAAAACCAGAACUGCAACAGCAUUGCAAAAUGGCAAGGCACUGCCUCUCUACAACAGCUCAACAACAACAAGUGCAACAACAACAAGUUCAACAACAGCAACAAGUUCAACAACAACAGCAAGUUCAACAACAGCAACAGGUUCAACAACAGCAGCAAGUCCAGCAGCAGCAACAAGUUCAGCAACAGCAAGCACAACAACAAGCCCAACAGCAAGCUCAACAACAGGCACAACAACAAGCACAACAGCAAGCGCAGCAACAACAGCAGCAGCAACAUCAGCAAACAGUCAUAAAACAAGAUGAUUUUAAGCCUCAAAUAGUACAAGUGAUUGGAGCUGAUGGACAAAUACUAACUGAAAAGGCACCUGGAUAUGCCUGUCCUGAGUGUGGUUCAUGUUUCAAUAAUAAGGAAGCGCUGUCUCUACAUGUCCGUUUGCAUGCGGGCGAUCGCACGUGUGUCACCGACUUAUGUGCGCUAACUGCUGCCUUACAACCCGGAUUAGUUCCACACAAUCAACCAAUACAAAUAAUUUCGUCAAAUCACCCCAGUAAUGUUGUUCACACGCAAGUUAUAGCUACGAAUCACCAUAUAACACCUCCACGACCGAAAGUACAUUUUUGUGUUGACUGUGGAAAGGGCUUUGCUGCGAAACAUGGACUGUUGGCGCAUCAUAGGAGGCAUCCAGAAGGUAGUUGCACAUUACGGUCCCACGCUUGUGAAACUUGCGGAAAAGCUUUCUUCCAAAAGAACCACUUGAUGCUACAUCAGCGACAGCAUAUGGAUCUGCCGCCUAGGAAUACCCAAGUACAAGCGCAACAGGUGACACAAGUGUCGCAACAAGCGCAGCAGCAAGCAGCGCAACAGGCGGCACAACAAGUUGCCCAACAAGUCCAGCAACAAGUCGCGCAACAUGUACAGCAUCAGACAAUGGAAUUGGACGAGCAACCCGCGCAUAUACAAGUGGGGCCUCUGUUUCAGGUAACAAAUAGAUCGGGCCAAGUGAUUGGUAAUCAGAUACUGGUGGGCACUGUGGGAGGUCGGAGACUGCUGCCUUCACAGUUACAUAUUGUAUCAAGAGACGGAAAGCCCAUACAUCAUAUCACGCCCAAGAGGGAAGGAAAUGACGUCAAAGAACUUGGAAGCUUAGUUGUAACAGCUGAUAGAGGCACCGGUCUCGUUAAAUACGAAAUUGCACUACCGCAGUCAAACUCAGUGAUGCAAGUACAGCAAAUAGACUGA